AUGGAGUUGCCUUUCAAUGAGUUUGAUAUCAUUUUGGGCAUGGAUUGGUUGUCUCCACAUCAUGGGUGGGUUGAUUGUCUCAUGAAGCGAUUAUUUUUUAAGGAUGUGGAAGGCUCCAAAUUAGUAGUGAUCGACGAAAAGGCGAAAUCACCAUCCAAUGUGAUAUCAGCCAUGACUGCAAGAAAAAUGAUGACAAAAGGGUGUAUAACUUUCCUAGCUAACGUGAUAGACACUCGAGUAGCGGAAGUGAGAGUAGAUAAUAUUCCCACGAUUAGGGAGUUUUCAAAUGUUUUUCCUGAGGAGUUACCGGGAUUACCUCUAGAUCGCGAGGUGGAAUUUCAGAUUGAGGUUUACCCAGGUUCACCCAAGGAGAGACUUAGCUCGCCAACGGUUUGUUCAAGUAGGUCAUGGAAGUCUAUGGAAAUGGAAAUUCAAUCAUUGCUUGAGAAGCUACUGGACACAAAUGAUUCCAUGAGUAGAUGUGCUGCAUCUGCUGCUUCAACUGCGUCGGUCACCCAGAAGCUUGCAAGGCAUAGAGACAUACUACAUGAGUUUACUCAGGAGUUUAGAAGAAUCAAGGGAAACAUAAACUCAAUGAGGGAACAUGCAGAGCUUCUGAGUUCUGUCAGAGAUAAUAAUAAUGAGUAUAAGGCAUCUGGGAGUAUGUCACCAAGAAUACAAUUACUCAGAGAGCGAGCUGCAAUCCAUGGAAGCAUUGCUCAUAUAGAUGGCGUGAUUAAUCAAGCUCAAAGUACAAGAGCAGUGUUGGGCUCUCAAAGAGCUUUGUUCGGAGAUGUUCAAGGGAAAAUAAAAGUUCUAAGUGACAAGUUCCCUGUUAUCCGUGGCUUGCUUUGUACUUCCAUGAUGUGUCUUCAUUAA